AUGUCAUCGCCAUUCUUCACAGUUGGUUCAAAAAUCUUCAGCAAACUUUGGGGAAACAUCUACCUUGCUGAAAUCCGAAAAGUCAACAAUGACAAUCCAAAUGAUCCCAUCUACACAAUCCACUAUUUAACAUGGGAUGAAGAACUUGAUGAAACAGUGAAGCACAGUGAAAGUGAUCGAAAAAUAAUUGCGUCAAGAUUAGAUGUGAUACGUGAAGCACAUCAAUUAGUCAUGCAAUGUUGUAUAACAAAAGAUAGCCGGCCUGAGCAGAAAGCAAUGUGGUCAGCGAUUAAUAUGAGACCUAUUCCGAAAGAAGUUUUUUUACUCGCUUUGAGACAGAAUGUUGAAAAGAUCAGGUGAACAUAUGGAUGGAUGAAAAAAAAAAUGCUAUUCAGGCCUGUGCCGGAAAACGGAAAGUCGAAAAAAUUUCCGGAUUUUUUGAACCGGAAAAUUUCUCAAAGUCUGAAAUUUCAAUUUCCAGCCUUAAGUUGACACUAAAACUCAUUUUUAUCUACAAUUCUUCUUUUCACAGGUAAUUUAGUAACUAUUUGAGACGAUUUACGUUCAAAAAAUAGUAAAUUUUGAAAAAAAUUUCAAAAAUGUCAUUUUUUCUAUCAUAACUCAGAGAAAUGGGCUGGAGAACCGGCGGAGAAAACGACCUGUCGGCGAACUUUCGGAUAACCGGCGGACAACAGUUUCGACGAAAUAGUGUUGGUCAGACAUUCCGGCGGUUGUCCGAAAGUUCUCCGACAGGUCGUUUUCUCCGCCGGUUCUCCAGCCCAUUUCUCUGAGUAAACUGAGAAAAUUUCCCAAAAAAAUUGAUUUUUCCUUGAAAAAAAUUGGAAAAUCCGGAAAUUCGGAAAAUUCAGAAAAUUUCCGACACAGGCCUGAUGCUAAUCAAUAUUUUUGUCCAUUUUAUUUGAUUUUUGAUUUUCAAUGAACUUUUUGAUACAAAUUUCAGAUCUACUAAUUUCAGAUUAGAAAAAAAUUGUCAGAUUUGGGUUUAUUUCAGACUGGAGUGUUUUGCUGAAAAUUUUUGCAGUAAUUUUCCAAGAGAAAAUCUUUUUUUUUGGAUUCUGAUUUAUGUACACUUUCUCAAAAAAAAAUCCAAAAACUUUUUUGCUCAUUAAAGGAACCUACAGUAAUUUUCAUCAGGUCUCGCAACGAAAUUUGAGUGGGAACAAGUUAAUCAAUCGCAUUGUUAGUUGAAUUCAAAAUAUAAGGUUGUUAUUUUCUUUAAGCCAAAAUCUACAAAUGCGACAAGUUGAAAUUGAAAUUCUUUUUAUUCCAACGUUUCGACGUAUAACGUCAUCAUCAGGGAUAAUACUGAAAAAAUAAAAUGGGUUAUUUACAAUAUAUAAGUUACAAAUUUUUUGAAAUAAACUUAAAAAACCAAAAAAAUCUCGAAAAAACCAACAAAAAAUAAAAUAAACCUGCUAAAGUGCGGAUAGGCGGAAUGUUGUUAGUACUUUAGGAGAAUUUUGAUUUAUUUUUUAUUGUGAAAUUGAAAUUGAAAUGAAUUUAGAUGAGAAUUUGUGUUUUUUAGAUGUUAGUUGGAAAGAAUUUGGUAUUUGGAUUGUUCCAAGCCUUGUGAUCAUAUCCGAGAGUUCCUCUUUAUUGUUUAAUGAAGGAUUGUGAUGUUUUAUCAAAACCCCUUCUCUGAUCUUCCGAAUAUUAGUAUUGCGUUCGACUUCCAGAAUAUCAACAUCAAUCACCAAAGCCUCUCCACCAUGUUUUUCCUUAGAAUGUUUUGCCCAAACACUCGAACUAUAAGACUUAGUCAUAGGUUUAUUGCAGGCACGUCUGUGUUCCGCAAACCUAGACUCAAAAGGUCGGCCUGUUUCUCCAAUAUAAAAUUCCCCGCAGUCACAUGUGAUUUUAUAAAUUACCUAUAAGUCAUUGUGAUGAAAAAACAAUUGAAAAAACGCAACAGGUUUUAAUUGCACAUAGGGAUGCUAUUAAAAACCAAAGCCAACCAAUAGCUGCAAUCAUAUCGCCUGCAAAUUAUAUUCAUGAGCUAUUGAGAAAAGAAGUUCAAGAACUAUUCGGUGGGUUAAUUUCAGAUCAAGAUCUUUUAUAAAAGAUCCCUCAAAUUCUCUAAAUCAUCAUUCUUAAACCUUUGAUCACACAAGGUCAAAAGGAUGGUCACAAGGAAGAUCGAUUGCAAAAUAUUGUGUAGUUAUGUUGACAAAAAAUACCACCGUUUGAUAAAAAGUCAGGUUUUUUACAAUGAGAAAUAAUCUCAAGGACAUCUCAAACAAUAAAUAAAAUACAAAUUUAUAGGUGAAAAAAAUUUAAUUUACUGAUUGUGAAACAUCUUUUGAUCCCAGAAAAAGUUCCGAAAGGUUCAUUUUGUAAUAAAAAACACAAAAAAUCAUAUUUUUCCUCUGCAUAAAAACAUCAGGGCUGAUUCACGAACGAUAAAAAUGUUUUUUUUAACAUCAAAAGAUAAAUUCACGAAAAGUCGAAAAAUGUCGAAAAAACAUUGUAGGUCAAAAAUUAGUUUUUUCGAGUUUUUCAUCCAAAAAUGAUGACAAAUCGAUUUUUUCAAGCUUCUGGAGUAAUUUCUGAAUGAAAUUGACCUUGGAAUUCACUUUCCAGAAGGUUUUGCUGAUUCUUCGUAAAAUAAAAAAUUUGAAUUUCGAAAAAAAUCAUAAAAUAAAGCAAAAUAGGGUUCUCGAAGUUUAUUUUCAUCAGAAAUUACUCCAGAAGCUUGAAAAAUAUUGAUUUGUCAUUAUUUUUGGCUGAAAAACUCGAAAAACUAAUUUUGAUCUACAAUGUUUUUUCGACAUUUUUUCACUUUUCGUGAAUUGAUCGUUCAAUGUUAAAAAAAAAAACAUUUUUAACAUUCUUUACGUCAGCCCUUUUUUUCCUCUGCAGAAAAACAUCGAGAAACAAGAGACAAAGUGAAAUUGAGAGAGUGCAGACAGCAACAUUUUUUUUAUUUGUGUGUGUUUCUCUCGUAGAAGGACACCCUUUCUAAUUACUUAACCGUAUAAUUACAGAUUUUUUUUGCAGCUGAUCAAGCACGUAUUCAAUCAAAUUCUACUUCUUCUGAUAUCCAGAAUAAAUAA